UGAAUCAUAUACUGUGUUGUGCCAUUGUUUUGUUCGUAUUAUUACGAGCUUGUUUAUUAUCACAAAAAUUAUAUGCCAAAACUAUUAUGUAGUAUCUCUACUUAAAAGAAAAAAAUUUGAAUCAAUAAUUGCUUUUCAUAAUUUGCACAAUCAAUAUCUCCUGAGGCUACAAAAUUUCCUUUCUAAAGCGUCUUUAAAGGUGCAAAGUUAUGAGAGAGGCAAUCUUUUAACCUUGGGAGAUAUUGAUUUUGUCAAAUUAUGACAUGCAAUUAUUGAUUCUAAUCUUUUCUUUUAUGUAGAGAUAUUGUAUAAUAGUUUUGUUAUAUAUAUUUUGUGACAAACCAUCUUAUAUUUUGUACUAUUAAUGGAUUUGAAUACCAGCUAUGUCUGGUUCCAAUUGUGGAAUAGUUCUAGAUUGGAUUUUUUCAUUCACAAUGCUUGAACUCGAGACCUUGCUUGUGGGUGUUGAGUCUCAUAUUACUCAACCUAACAAAACAAAUUGACAUUGAAAUUAGCAUUUAGCAAAUGUGCCAUGAGUGUAAUUGCUGAAGAUAUUAAUUGAUACUUUAUUUAUUUAUUUAUUUAUUUUUGAGGAGAUAUAUUUGUAAUUUUAUUAACAACUUGUUUUUACAAGGUAUUAUCUGUAAACUUGAUGAAGUUAAGGUCCUUGGUCCUUAAUUGUAAUUCUGCAAAUAGAUUGAUAUUGUUCUCUGCCUUUGAGUGAGCCCUAGUCAUCUUCUACCAUGACACACUGUAUCCGGUGUUGGUUCCCAUGCAGGUUUAUUGACACAGGCCUUGAUUUGGCUUGGUAUUCUACUCAUAUAAUUUGUUCUUGUAUUUACAUUCUGUUAUCAAAAUAUAUCAUAAUGAGGAUUGAAUCUUAACUUGUAUGAAUCAAAAAACUAGAUGAAAUUAUGUGUUAAAUCUCCAUCUUCUACACUUGCUCUUGUAAAAUCAGCGACCUGUUUUUUUAGUCAUUGUAAUUAUUCAACCAUUGCAUUUCUCAUUCUCUGUCACAUCUGGGCACUUUCUCUGGCUCAGGAAGUUGAUCUCCCUUUUUCCAAGCUUAUAUCAUUGUCAAUGGCAGAUAUGUUAAAUCGUACAUUUGUAUUGAUCUCGCUUCUUAAAUAGAUUUAUGAUUUUAUACACCCAUCUUAAUCCUGUUCAAAUCCUCAGUGAUGCUAGAUGGUUUGCUGGUGGUAAGUUUUAAAAUUUUGUUAGAUUUUGGCUUAUGGGUAACUAUAAGUCAAUUAAUAUAUUCAGACAUCCUGUCUUAGAUUUUAUAAAAUUGAUUGAUGUGUUUAUACAGGUUUGUUUAGCUUAAUAUCGUAUUUCUCUGCUGUGAGAUUUGUCCUUCCUUUGUAUCAUCUUUAUUCUGUUUACCAAUUGGCUUGCUGUGUUUUCUAGAACUGCACGCCAAGAUGAAUUUUGAAAUCUUGAAGCAUGGGAAGAUUGAUUGAAACUUCUAAACGGGCUUUUCAUGUAGUGUAACUUUUGUUCUGAUUCUGCUAGACUUGCAAAUUAUUGCAGGAAACGAUGUCUAAUUGAUUUUCCCCUGAUUUCAGUAAUUUCAUUUUUCUGGUGGAAGUUUGAAGAAUUUGAUUAUCAGGAGUCUGCAUUGGUCUCUCUUCACCUCUUGUCUACUGAAGGUCCUUUAUUGUCAUAAAAGAUAUAAUGGUUUCUAGGUCUUAUUCUAACUUGUUAGAGCUUACUUCCUGCAAUUCCCCAACUUUUGGUCGGGAGAAGAAGAGGCUCCCUAGGGUGGCAACUGUUGCUGGAGUUCUUUCAGAACUUGAUGAUGAGAACAACAGUGCUGGCUCUGAUGCUCCCUCAUCCAUCUCUCAAGAUAGGAUGAUUAUUGUUGGUAACCAGCUUCCUCUGCUGGCACACAGAAAAGAUGAUGGUAAGUGGGACUUCACCUUGGACGAGGACUCUCUUCUUUUACAGCUGAAAGAUGGCCUUGGAGAUGAUGUAGAAGUGAUCUAUAUUGGGUGUCUUAAAGAAGAAAUUGAUGUAAGUGAGCAAGAUGAUGUUGCUCAGUAUUUGCUUGACACUUUCAAAUGUGUACCCACGUUCCUCCCUCCUGAGCUUUUCAGCAAAUUCUAUCAUGGGUUCUGCAAACAGCAUCUAUGGCCUUUAUUUCACUACAUGCUUCCACUGUCACCUGAUCUUGGUGGUAGAUUUGAUCGGUCUCUUUGGCAAGCUUACGUUUCUGUGAAUAAGAUAUUUGCAGAUAAAGUAAUGGAAGUCAUUAGCCCUGAUGAUGACUUUGUGUGGGUUCAUGACUACCAUUUGAUGGUUCUGCCAACAUUUUUGAGGAAGAGAUUUAACAGGGCGAGGCUAGGAUUCUUCCUCCACAGUCCAUUCCCUUCCUCUGAGAUUUACCGAACACUUCCUGUAAGGGAUGAACUUCUUAGAGCUCUUCUGAACUCUGACCUUAUUGGGUUUCAUACUUUUGAUUAUGCAAGGCACUUCCUCUCAUGUUGCAGCAGAAUGCUUGGGCUUUCUUAUCAAUCUAAGCGGGGCUACAUAGGCCUUGAGUACUAUGGUAGAACUGUUAGUAUCAAGAUUCUUCCUGUUGGAAUCCAUAUUGGCCAACUUCAAUCUGUCAUGAAUCUUCCUGAGACAGAGAGUAAGGUCUCAGAAUUACGAGACCAGUUCAGAGGUCAAACUGUGAUGCUUGGGGUUGAUGACAUGGAUAUCUUCAAAGGAAUUAGCUUAAAACUUUUGGCCAUGGAGCAAUUGCUCUACCAACAUCCAGAUAAGAGGGGCCAAGUUGUAAUGGUCCAAAUUGCAAAUCCUGCAAGAGGACGGGGGAAGGAUGUACAGGAGGUACAAAGUGAAACUUAUGCCACUGUAAAAAGGAUAAAUGAUACUUUUGGAAGGCCUGGAUACACUCCUGUUAUCUUGAUUGACACACCACUUAAAUUCUAUGAGCGAAUAGCAUAUUAUGUAAUUGCAGAAUGUUGUCUUGUUACAGCAGUGAGAGAUGGUAUGAACCUGAUACCGUAUGAAUAUGUCAUAUGUCGACAAGGAAAUGAGAAACUAGAUCAGAUUUUGGGGAUAAAUCCAUUAUCUCAAAAGAGGAGCAUGCUGGUUGUAUCUGAAUUCAUUGGGUGCUCCCCUUCAUUAAGUGGGGCAAUUCGAGUGAAUCCGUGGAACAUUGAUGCUGUUGCCGAAGCCAUGGAUUCUGCCCUUGUAGUCCCGGUGUCUGAAAAACAGAUGCGACAUGAGAAACAUUACAGGUAUGUAAGUACGCAUGAUGUCGCAUAUUGGGCACGUAGCUUCUUGCAGGAUUUGGAAAGAGCUUGUAGGGACCACCUUAGAAGGAGGUGCUGGGGCAUUGGUUUUGGUUUAGGAUUUCGGGUCAUUGCUUUAGAUCCAAAUUUUAGAAAGCUAUCAGUUGAGCAUAUUGUUUCGGCUUACAAGAGGACCAAGCACCGGGUAAUUCUUCUGGAUUACGAUGGUACCAUGAUGCAGCCUGGAACAAUUAGUACAACUCCAAGUGCUGAUGCUGUUGGAAUCUUGAAGAGCCUGUGUAGUGACCCUGAUAAUGUUGUUUUCAUUGUUAGUGGCAAGGAGAGAAAGACUCUGAGUAAUUGGUUUUCGUCAUGUGAAAGGCUAGGGAUUGCUGCUGAACAUGGUUACUUUUUGAGGACAAGUAAUGCUGCAGAAUGGGAAACUUGUCAUUCUGUACCGGAUUUUGACUGGAAACAGAUUGCUGAGCCAGUAAUGCAAUUAUACACUGAAACAACUGAUGGUUCUAACAUUGAGGCCAAAGAGAGUGCUUUAGUUUGGAAUUACCAGUAUGCAGACCGUGAUUUUGGUUCAUGCCAGGCUAAGGAGCUUUUAGACCACCUGGAAAGUGUUCUUGCCAAUGAGCCUGUUUCCGUUAAAAGUGGCCCUCACAUUGUUGAAGUCAAACCCCAGGGUGUCAACAAGGGAAUUGUAGCAGAACAUCUUCUCCUAACAAUGCGUGAAAAGGAAGUACUUCCAGAUUUUGUUCUAUGCAUUGGGGAUGACAGAUCAGAUGAAGACAUGUUUGAAGUGAUCAUGAGCGCGAGGGACUCUUUGUCACCGGUUGCUGAAGUGUUUGCCUGCACGGUCGGGCAGAAGCCAAGCAAGGCCAAGUAUUACUUAGAAGACACAAGUGAGAUAUUGAGAAUGUUACAAGGCCUUGCCCAUGCUUCAGAGCAGUCUGCUAAAAGUUCUUCCCAAACUUCCACACGCUGAGCUUUUUUCUGACCAAGGUUAGCUUCAAUUCUUAUUAUUCAUAGGCUCUCCUGUGGGAUGAUAUUCUUACUUGGUAAUCCAACAUGCAAAGUCAUUUUGUGGCAUUGCUACCAAGUGCAUCUAGGUUUCGUUUCCGAGUAGAUGUAUUUAAUGAUGUUGUAUCUGUUAUUUCUGUCUCCAUUUCGAUUCCCUGUACAAUGUUAUUUUUCACUCGGAAUGAAUGAUAGGCUUGUGAUUGUCCCA